AUGGCCCGUUUGCCAGCCGCGUUUUACGGAUGUUUGUGCCCGCAGUUUCCAGAAAUUUCCUUAGAUCGUUUCUUAGCUAGGACAUUCCCAAAACAUUGUCCUGAGGAUAUCUUGGAUAUUCUGACUGAAGCCUAUCUUUCCGAAAAGACAAAACUCGUAUCUCAAGCCAGCGGUGUGUACACUGGUUUGAUGAGGGCUUCAAAAAUAUGAGGGACACAGUUCAUUUUCUGGGAGAAGUAUGUAAGCAGUACGAAACUCCAAGUAACAAAGUUUUUUUUAAGGAAUAUCAAAAACGAUAUAAAUGGGAAAUUAUCAUCACAAAACGUAAAUUGAAUGAUAUAAUGAUAAAGACAUCAAAGAACUCAACUAGAUGGAUGUAUAACAUAAUAAACAGUAGGAGGAAAAGGGGAAAAUUACAUCAAAAAAAGAUUCCAAUGACAGCUGAUCAAUUUAAUAAAUUCUUUAGUAGCAUUUCAGAUACAAUACUAACAAAUUACCUGACGGUGAUGUUUCACCAUUAGAUAACUUAAAAAAAUGUUGAUGCCGAAUGCAACAUUUCAGUCCAAGGAGGUCAAGCAAAAUGAAAUUAGAGAUCAUAUAAAUUAACUCAAAAACAACUAAAGCACUGAUACAUACUAUAUACAUAUUAUCGGCUCAACGUAUAAAAUCUAUAAAGAACAUGAUAAUGCCUCCUUUGACUAAGCUGAUAAAUCUAUGCCUUCGAGAAAAUAUAUUUCCUGACGUUUUAAAAAUCGCAAUAGUCAUUUCCAUUUUCAAGAAAGGCGAUGAGGGAGAUAUUUCCAACUACCGUCCAGUGUCUCUACUGCCAAUCCUCUCGAAAAUCUUUGAAAAAUGCAUGGAGGUAAGGAUUACUGAAUACUUUGAAGAGGAUUUCCUCUUCUCUGAGCAUCAGUUUGGCUUUCGAAAAAACAAAGACACUAUUCUUGCGGUACUGGACCUGCUCUCAAAUAUUACGGAAGCAUUCGAAGAUCGAGAGCAUAUCGCAUCAUUAUUUGUGGACUUAAGCAAAGCCUUCGUUGUGUGUCACAUACAAUCUUGCUUCAAAAGCUGGCAUAUAAAUUUUCCAAUUCCAGCAUACAGGUGUUCAGAUUAUAUAUUGAAAACCGACACCAGAGUGUGCCACUUAGGGAUGUCGUGUCACCAUAGAGAGAGACUUGAAAGUAGGGGUGCCACAGGGCUUAGUCCUUGGCCCCUUACUUUUUUUGAUGUACAUCAAUGACUUACCUACAUGUAACAACAAUGCCAUUUACACACUCUUUGCUGAUACCACAAUUUCCAUACAAGCCACUCGAAUGCUUGAUGCUUUGAAUAAUGAAGGGCAACUCAUUAAAUCUCUUAAUUUUCUUGUUUUUUUCACAUUUAUUUUUAUGCAUUAUCUUCCUAUACAAAUAGUUUCCACGUUGUCAAAAGAUAGCGCAC